UUCAUCUGUUGCUGUUCUCCGAAGCGAGGUGUCUAAUCAUUCCUCACCUGCACUCCUCUGCUUGACCCAUCCCUCGAAGCUGCUCAAGUUCAUCAUGCACUCACUCUUUGCACUCCUGCCAAUACUUCACUCCCUUUUUCCCACGGUCUUUGCAGCUCCUUCAUUUCUGAAUCAUUCUGAACCAGCUUACUGCCCAGGAGGAAACCCAGGCAAUGAUGUCCAGGCACAGCCAGCGUUGCUUGGGUCCGUCUUCAUCAAGAGACAAGCCGACCAGCCUCGAUGUGGACCCUCACAAGGCAAUCAAUUAUGUGGCCUCGGUACAUGCUGCUCAGGUACCGGCUUCUGCGUGAGUCCACUGUCCAUCAAGUCACGAUCGCUGCUGACACUGUUCAGGGAACUGGCAGCGACUUCUGCAGUGUUCCUCAAAAUUGCCAACCGAACUACGGCUUUUGUGACUCCGACAUUACGCCCACUGGCCCAGACACUUCCGCUGAACAACGCAAUGCACAAGGACCGGUGCCCUACGGUCAAUUCAUCUUCAAUUGCACUAUGCCACAAACUCUCGCGUUGACCUACGAUGAUGGACCAUCAAACAACACUCAAGAACUCCUAGACAUCCUGAUGAGCGCUGGUGCGAACGCCACAUUCUUUGUGUCGGGUAACACCAAUGGAAAAGGCGCGAUUGACAGGACUCCUGAAUGGGUCAGCGCCAUCAAGCGUAUGGAUGCCGAGGGACACCAGAUUGGAUCUCACACCUGGUCUCAUCCGGACUUGAACAACUUGUCAUCCGAAGAUCGUGGAGUCGAUAUGAGGAAGAAUGAGAGGGCAAUUGCCAAUAUCCUCAACAAAUAUCCAACCUACAUGCGUCCCCCAUACGAAAACUGUAACAGCGAGAGUGGAUGUCUGACUGAUAUGAACAACCUGGGAUAUCACGUCGUAGCACACUCACUGGAUAGCCAAGACUGGGCAAACCCAGACAAUCUCAGUGCCAUGGUCGAUACUUUUGACUCCGGACUUGGUCAGGCACUCCCUAAUGGAAGUAUGCUGCUCAUGCAGCACGAAAGAUUUUCGGUCUCAGCUAUCAAUCUCACCAGAUAUAUCUUGAUGGACAUCACUCAGAGAGGGUGGAAAGUCAGCACACUCGCAGACUGUCUGGGUGACGACCCUCGAAAUUGGUAUCGCACGCCUUCACGGACUGAGCCAGCAACCAUGGCGAUUGAUGGCUGUGUCGUCUCUCGCAAUGGCUUCUGUGGGACGUUGAAUGUAUUCACAAACAAGCAAGAGUGUGAUGACAGUAACAGAAACUGUUACACCCAGGUCGACGAUUGUAACAGCGCCAACAAAGGCGCGGUCUGUGAUGACAUGAAGAACAUCUGUGAUUUUCAAUCCUUGUAUUGUGCAUCCUGUGGGACCAUGACGCCGAAUAUCAGCUGCGAGACGAAGGACUUUGGGUUUUCAAACCAACCAUGAGGGAGAAGGAUGGAUCGCUGUAAGGCUUGGAACAGAGCGAAGUGGCGGUGGUUGAGAAGCUGGUGAAGCACCCGUCCACGAGGGAGCUCCAGAGGCAUCCACUCCCAUUGCUGGGUCUGUACCGAUGCUGGGUAGUUAUAGAUUAGUGCAUUUUUAUGAAUGAACAAAGUCAAUGUUCCUUUCUUGGGUCCUAAA